CUAGGUACCUGGAAUGUAAGAACAAUGAAAAGAAAAGGAAAACUAGAAAAUAUAGUGAGUCAAAUGAAGAUACAAAUUGGACAAACUAUUGGUUAUGAGCAUUGAUUAAGUGCUUAUUCGAUGGUAUGAGCAAAGUUAGGUGGCCAGGAGAAGGAGAGUGACACAGGAGAUUAGAAAAGAGAGCAGAAGUGGCAAUUUUGUUCAAAAAUAAGGACAGGUAAGAACAAUAUUGAUGGGAGAUUGGAACAGUGUAAUGGGAAAGAUAAGACUAAGAAGUGGUAGAUGACUGAAUUGGGGAAGAAACAUUAAAGAGGCGAAAAGGGACAAACUUGUUGAAUUUUGUCAUUGUAUUUUGUGAAGUGCAAUAUCUAUGGAUAGCUAAUACUUGGUUUGAACAUCACAAACUGAGACUACAUGAAAAAGUUCAGGAGAUAGGGAAAAGCAACCUACCAAACUGCGACGUGAAGGUAGAAUGGUGCAACAUCAAAUGUUUUGAAAGAAGAGAUGGUAAAAGAAAGAAAUAUCAAUCAAAUAUGUGACAAGGCUAAAUAUCAGUUGUGUUAAAGAUAGAGGAAAUGGGUAAACAAGGGUGUAUGGAGGAAAUGUACAAAACGACAAAGACACUAAUAAGAAGAAAACUAAACCAUAAAUCAUGUCCGAAGAAGGAUUGCAAUGGUUAUACGAAGUAUUAGAAAGUGUACAACUGCUGCAGUUUUUAGCAUCGAUAAGGGACGAUCUGCAAAUUACACGACUCGAACAUUUCGAUUACGUUCAGCCCCAAGAUUUGGAAAAAAUCGGACUAAGCAAACCAGGGGCAAGAAGACUGUUGGACGCAAUAAAGAAACGCAAGGCACAGCAAUGGAAAAAGAACAUUUUAACUAAAUUUAUGCCGUCGGGUAGCAAACCUUUAGCUAGCAAGAAACAAGUCGAUAGUUUGUCGUCGAGCCUUACUUGUCUUAUUCAAGAGAAAGAUGUUACUUUGUCCAUUAAGCUCGGCGAUGGUUCCUUUGGCGUGGUUAGGCGAGGUGAGUGGACGAGUCCGACAGGGCAAAUUGUACCGGUUGCCGUUAAAGUCCUAAAGGCAGACGCUUUGUCUCAGCCCGGGGUAUUCCACGACUUCAUAAAAGAAGUCCAAUCGAUGCACACUCUGAGUCAUAUCAAUCUGAUCAGGCUGUUCGGAGUAGUUCUGUCGCAACCGAUGAUGAUGGUGACUGAAUUGGCACCGCUGGGCUCACUUUUAGAUUGUCUACGAAAGGAAUGUCAACACACACCCCUACCGCUACUGUGUGAAUAUGCGGCACAGGUGGCAACCGGCAUGGCCUAUUUGGAGAGUAAACGGUUUUUGCAUCGCGACCUUGCAUGCCGCAACAUUUUGCUGGCGGGAAGAGACAAGGUGAAGAUCGGAGAUUUCGGCUUGAUGAGGGCGUUGCCGCAAGAAGAGGAUUGCUACGUGAUGACCGAACACAAGAAAGUGCCAUUCCCGUGGUGCGCACCUGAGUCUUUACGCUACCGCCAGUUUAGUCACGCGUCGGACGCGUGGAUGUUCGGCGUGACUGUCUGGGAGAUGUUCACGUUCGGCGAGGAGCCGUGGGUCGGACUGGGAGGGUCGGAAAUUUUACGCAAAAUCGAUCGAGAGAACGAACGUCUGCAUCAACCGGAGGCGUGUCCCAACGUAAUAUACGGUAUAAUGUUGCAAUGCUGGCUGAAGAAUCCCCAGGAGAGGCCGACCUUCGCCUCCAUGCGAGAAUCGUUUCGUAAAGCCAUGCCCCCUGUUAUGCGUGCGAUCGGGCGACAGGAUGAGGAGGACCGUUUGGAGGUACAUGUCGGCGAUAACGUUGCGAUUAUUGAUGGUCAGGCGGAUGCUUAUUGGUGGAAAGGUCAAAAUCAGCGAACUUUCGAUAUUGGAUUAUUUCCUAGGUGUUUAGUAGACGCGCAACGUCCCAUAUGUUCCGAGGACAUAAGCAAACCCCUAAAAAAUUCAUUUAUCCAUACUGGCCAUGGUUCGGCAUUCGGCGAGUCCUGGGGUAGUCCCCAGUACAUCGACGAUAUGUACUUAAAGAAUCCCAUGACACCUCCAGACGCGAUCGGAAUGAAUCACGAUCGAAUUACUCUUCAGAGAGCCUCUCAUCAUGACAAAGUAAAAAAAUCGUAUUCCGCUUCGUUUCGUAGCAGUGAAAAGCAGUUCAACUAUCGCAAGUUAGAAAUGACUACCAAGACCUCCAAAUCAAAACCGCGGCGACCACCACAGCCCAAAUUAAAUAAUAUUUCGAGUAAAGACGAAUUGCUUAUAGAUAUUUCACCUGACGAACUUGGAGGCAACUUGCGGUUGCCUAAUUCAAUGCAAGUUAGCCCUAAAAGUAUUUCUCUUCUCGAUGAACCAAUAGAUAUACCGCAAGAAGAUUGUUGGCCUGACGAUACUUUGUCAGUGUGUAGCGGACCGGCCACUUUUGCACCAACGCCAACGUACCUGAACACUGCAGGCUUUGAUGAGAACCUCAUAUCUCGAGAUGAUCCCUUCGAUACUUCACAGAUAGAUACCACUGCGACUGCUAGUCGAUAUUUCACGUUACAACCAUCGACAAACGGUAGUCAAACCGCUUUCCCCAGUUACAGUGAAGUUGCUAAAAGUAAUGUGACGGCAACACCUCCCUGUAAUAUACAGAAUCUCACCCCUAGUAAAAUCGCAAUUAACCCCAAAACGUGUAUAGUCGACGACACUCUCAUUAAAGAAUUAGAAAAAAGUUUAAGUUUAGGAAAAAAUUCGAAUAUAACGCCAUUGCAACCACCUCCUCAAUCUUCCAAAAAGCACUCGAACUACGGACAGACCAACAAUUUAAGGCUUGAUCCCGCUUGUUCGUCUCCCAGCAGUUUUUCGAAAAAUACGAACGUAACGAACAAAACCUCCAACGCGAAUUUAUACGGAUCGACCAAGAGCUGCAACAUAACCGACCCCCUGAAACUUACAAAUUUGCAAUACGCCAAAACGUCCGAGUUUGGAGAAUUUAAAAGCAAUCGCCCGAUUGUACAGUCGGAUCCGAUUAACCCGCACGCUUCCCAAAAUGGAACGGCGUCGCUUUACGGAAAUACAAUGUACAAUGCUCAAUACGAACCUUAUAGAUCUCAAAGCGUCAGUAAUAACGUUAGCUCAAUUUAUAACAAUGUACCGGCGAGUCAGCGCUUGUAUAACGAAGUGGCCGAGAACGUCUACAGCGAGAUACCCGACAAUGUGUACAGUUCGGUGCCAGACGAAUCGCUAAAGCCUCACCGUCCAGCGCCGCCGUCCCCGUUGGUCGUUUUAGGACAACCGCUUAGCAUGCAGCAAAUCCAGCGGAAGAUACAGCAAGGACAGUUAAGCGCAGAUGCAGAACGUCUCAUGACGCCAGAAUUUAGAAGCAAUAAAAUAAGUCGGGUUAGAGACGAAGUGCCUGAUGUCGACACCGAUUAUUGCCUCUCGAUUUUACAAACCUGUGGCUGGGACGUGUCGGCAACCGUUAAAACCAUUAAGGUUGAUAAACUACUACGGUUAGGUAUCGCAACUCGACAGCAGUGCGAGGCUGCGUUGCAAAGAACAAAUUGGAAUGUUGAAUUAGCCGCUUCUUCCAUAUUUGAUUAGAGUAAAUUUUCGUUGUAUAUAUGUUAUAUAUUCGAUAGAGUUAGGCAUUUACUAUUAUUAUUUAUGUUGUGAAAUAUAAACUUUAUUUUUUAUGUA